AUGUCUUUGUGUUUUCGCACGUUAUCCAUUGUCAACGGCCAAAAACCGCUGUCGAAGCUUGACCGUCAUCAACUGCGAGAGCACGUCGAGUCGUCCGUCUUUCUGAAGCGGUUUUUAGGUGGACAAAGAGCAUUAUCUAUAAGAGCAAAUACUGAAAAAGAAUUGUCGUUACCUCUUAUAGAUUCUACACUGCAUUCAAAUUUUUUACUGCUUUCUCUUGACACUCACAAUUAUUGGAAUGAGAAGCAGAUCAGGCAGUAUGAUAAAAAUAAAAAUACAACAUAUUGGUUGCAGACUCCACGCAGGUUACAUAAUAAGACACAAAGGCUUACUGUUGUAUUUUUGAAAAACAAGAAACAUUUAGCUACCACAGACACUACAUCGAAUAAUGUUACAGUAUUUAAAACACAAAAUGGAAAUAAUAACUUAUCUGUACAUAAUAGUAGUAUAAUCUCUUCAGAAAGUUUAUAUAGUAGUCAAAACUCAAGCAAAAAUAUUUCCUUUACGUCUGAUGAUGAUAUUUUAAGAACAAAUUCGCAAUUAUCUCAGCCACGAGAUAAUGACCAUAAACCAUCAGAAGAUCAACUACAACGUGUAGUCGAUUGUCUCAGUCAAGAUUUACCAAAGCUGUUUGUUAAACCCCACGAUUAUUCCAUAUAUACAAAAGACAUACUUUUUAUCAAUAAUAUUAGAGGGAUAACAACAAGAGGAAUAUCGAAUUAUGCAAAACAACUAAUACUGAUAAGGACAAUUGGACAUUUAAAAUAUGCACACGUUAAGCUUCAUGUAUUAAAAAUCACAAAACAUCCUGAAGACGGUACUGUGAAAGUUCGUUGGCGUAUAUGUGGUAUCAGUAGUUGGAAGGUAUUUGUCAUGUUUUGGAAAUUCAGGAUUUUUAAAAUACACGAAGCAAUAAACAGGGAUAGCGAAGUGUGGUACGAUGGUUUUUCUACGUAUUAUCUUAAUGGCGAUGGCAAAGUUUAUAAACAUGUUGCAGACAAAAUAAUGCCUGAUCAAGACGUAGUUGCAAAAAAAGAGGAUCUGUCCAUUGCACCAAAAUUAGCGAUAUUCACAAGUCUAACGAAUAUACUUGAUAAUAAGAAUUUUUUCGAAUUAAAUUUCAACUCGAAAUUGCAUCAAUUAAAAGAAGUGACACAUCAAUAACAAUUAGAAACAACGAUAUGAAUUGCCAAUUUCAAUAUUAUCAAAACAAAAAGAUAUCAGAAAAAUUGCAUCUGAUUUAUAAUGAAGUUAGUAAAGUAUCUUGUAUAUUGUGCAAUUCACUAAUGUCAUAUUUUUCAUUCGCUUCACGUCUUGUGGAUUGUUGAUAUAAUAAAACUAAAUAAUAUUGUUGAA